GGGGGCGGGGUCGCGCCUCCUCGGCUCUGGUUCCAGCCGAGCCUCUGGGACACAGAGAUGGAAAUCCCGAAGCUGCUCCCGGCUCGCGGGACACUACAGGGCGGCGGCGGCGAUAUGCCCGCGGGUGGCGGCCGGGUCCACCGAGGCCCUGACCCGCCGGCUGACCAGGUCUCCACGCGCCGCCUCCUGCUGCUCCGGGACCUCCAAGAUGGCGGGCCCGGGCGGCGGCGCGAGGAGGCCCGCACGGCAUCACGGGGCCCUGGCCCAAGCCUGUUGGCGCCGAGGCCUGAUCAACCUAGCGGCGACGGCGGCGACGACUUCCUCCUGGUGCUGCUUGACCCGGUGGGUUGCGACGUGGACACCCUGGGCUCGGGUCAGGCCGCAGGGCCUGUGUUGAGGGAAGAGGCCGAGGCAGGCCCGGGGCUCCAGGGGGACGACAGCGGCGCGAACCCCGCGGGCUGCUCUACACUGGGCCCCCACUGCCUGUCCGCGAUUCCCACUCAGGCCCCGAUCUCUGCCCCCAGCCCCGCCGCGGCCUUCACCGGUACAGUCACUACCCACAACCAGGACCUGCUGUUGCGCUUUGAAAACAGCGUCCUCACCCUGACCACGCCCCCAUCACACGCCUGGAAGCCAGGGGCCGCUCCUGCCCAGCAGCCCCCAAGGUGUCUGAUCGCCCCCCAAGCCGGGUUCCCGCAUGCCGCGCAGCCGGGUGACUGCCCAGAGCUGCAGCCAGACCUCCUGCUAGCCCAGCCGGCCGAACCCGCGCCAGCUCCGGCGCCUCAGGAGGAGGCGGAGGGCCUGGCCGCCGCCCUGGGCCCCCGGGGACAGCUGGGCUCUGCCCCAGGCGUGGUGCUGUACCUGUGCCCGGAGGCGCUGUGCGGGCAAACCUUCCCCAAGAAGCACCAGCUGAAGGUGCACCUGCUGACGCACAGCAGCAGCCAGGGCCAGAGGCCCUUCAAAUGCCCCCUGGGUGACUGUGGCUGGACCUUCACCACCUCUUACAAGCUCAAGAGGCACCUGCAGUCUCACGACAAACUGCGGCCCUUUGGCUGCCCGGCGGAGGGCUGUGGCAAGAGCUUCACCACAGUGUACAACCUCAAGGCGCACAUGAAGGGCCAUGAGCAGGAGAACUCAUUCAAAUGCGAGGUGUGCGAAGAGAGCUUCCCCACGCAGGCCAAACUCAGCGCCCACCAGCGCAGCCACUUCGAACCCGAGAGGCCUUACCAGUGCGCGUUUUCUGGCUGCAAGAAGACAUUUAUCACAGUGAGUGCUCUGUUUUCCCAUAACCGCGCCCAUUUCAGGGAACAGGAACUGUUUUCCUGCUCUUUUCCUGGCUGCAGCAAGCAAUAUGACAAGGCUUGUAGGCUGAAAAUUCACCUGCGGAGUCACACCGGCGAGAGACCUUUCCUUUGUGACUUUGAUGGCUGUGGCUGGAACUUCACCAGCAUGUCCAAACUCUUAAGGCACAAAAGGAAGCACGACGAUGACCGGAGGUUCAUGUGCCCUGUGGAAGGCUGUGGGAAAUCUUUCACGAGGGCUGAACAUCUGAAAGGCCACAGCAUAACCCACCUGGGCACAAAGCCUUUCGUGUGUCCUGUGGAAGGCUGCUGUGCCAGGUUCUCUGCUCGCAGUAGCCUCUACAUUCACUCCAAGAAACACCUGCAGGAUGUGGACACUUGGAAAAGCCGUUGCCCGAUCCCCACUUGUAAUAAACUCUUCACAUCCAAGCACAGCAUGAAGAUGCACAUGACCAAAAGGCACAAGGUGGGCCAGGAUCUCUUAGCUCAGCUAGAAGCAGCAAAUUCUCUUACACCCAGCAGUGAACUUACCAGCCAGGGACAGGAUGGUCUCAGAGAUGCAGAGAUGGUGUCUCUGUUUUCUGAUGUACCAGACAGUACUUCUGCUGCAGUGUUGGACACAGCAUUGGUGAACUCUGGAAUCUUGACUAUUGAUGUGGCUUCUGUGAGCUCGACUCUGGCAGGACACCUCCCUGCUAAUAGUAAUUCCGUAGGGCAGGCUGUGGACCCUGCGGCGUUGAAGGCCACUAGCGACCCUCCUCAAACUCUGGAUACCUCUCUCUUUUUUGGAACGGCGGCCACUGGUUUUCAGCAGAGCCCCUUAGAUAUGGAUGAGGUCUCAAGUGUAAGUGUGGGGCCGUUGGGAUCUCUGGGCUCUUUGGCCAUGAAAAACUCCAGUGCAGAGCCUCAGGCUUUGACACCCAGCAGUAAGCUAACAGUGGACACAGAUGCUCUGACUCCUUCCAGCACCCUUUGUGAAAACAGUGUCUCAGAACUACUGACACCAACCAAAGCGGAGUGGAACGUACAUCCGACUGACUUCUUCGGACAAGAGGGAGAAACCCAGUUUGGAUUCCCCAGUGCAGCAAGAAACCACGGUUCUCAGAAAGAAACAGAUCUUAUCACUGUGACUGGCAGCUCAUUUUUGGUAUGAACCAACUCUAUUCAUUCCUUGCCAUGUGGCUUACUUUUAUUGCAGUCAAUUUUGAAGAUGUUCUGGACUAAAUGUUUAAGUGCAGUCAUUUCUCUUUGGUUUGCAAACAGAGCACAGCCCUGGACUACAAGUUUGCAGAUCUAAAUGCUGAUCUUGAGUCUGGAACUGACAAGUUGUGUGACCCUGAGCAAGUCACUUAACCUAUCUGAGCCUUAAUUUCCUUAUUUAUGAAUUGUGGUGGUUUGAACUCAUUGCUCAUAAGGUCUUUUCAUUUGUGUGUGUGUGUGAUUUUGUGCUUUUUCUUGAAAAAUUUCGGCGUUUUGCAAUUAUUAAUCAUUGUUUGUACUUGUAAUGAAAAGCGGUUUGAGCCCUGUAGCACUAAAUAAUGAAAGAUUGAGAAACUGGUGUUUUACAUUAAAAAUUUAAUGGAAAUUUUACACAGUACAAAAAUCUAAUGAUAGAGCUCCAAAAAAAAAAAAAAAAAAGAGCUAAAAAUGGGGGUUGGUUCUUCUUAGCUGUUUAUCAUUCUAACCUUUUUCUUAUGAUGAAGGUGUGUUUUUGUUGUGGAAAAUAAAAGGGCUUUUGUUAUCACUCAGACCCAAGGUGAAAUGUUUGUGGUUUUGAAUAAGUUGGCCUUUAAUAAGUUAGUCUCUCUUAGCUUCAGUUUUCUAUCUGUAAAAUGGUCAUAGCAAUGUGAACAUAUGUGUUACAUCCUAGACUUAUUUUUUCUAUCCCAGUAGGUUGUAUUGAAAGGAAAAUGUUAUAUAUGUUUCAGCAUGUUUUGGUGAAUCUUCAUUCCCUUUCCUGCCCCUUGUUUUCCCUCCUCAAAGGGGAGAAAUUAGCACAAAUUAAUAUUAGGAUUAUGCAGGAAAUAAACAUUUGUGAAGGUUAAGAAAGAGGAAAAGAAAGUUAUUUCUUCAACAGAUUAAGAAGGAUUUUUCUCCACACUGUUCUUUUGUGGCAUUGGCCACAUGUCCAUUAGAUCAAUUUCAUACUAUCUUUGGUCUGCAUUCAAAGCAAGCUGAUGCAAUAAGUAUUCAGCCUAUUCUUCCAAAACAAUCUGGACAUAGACCAGAGGGAGAUUUUUCUCCCCUCUGUGCCCUAGAGAGCUCAUUGCUGGCUCACUCUUAGAGUUGAAAUAAGAGAGUUUUGUCUGCAUUUUAAGUAGAUACCAUCUAUCUUACAUGAGUAUAGCAUUUUACAGUUUAGCACUUUCACAACUAUUAUAUUUGAUCCUCACAAUCCUGUGAGGUAAUAUGGCAAAGUCAGAACUACAAUUCAUAUUAAAAUUUACCUAGCUCAGAUUACAAAUACAUUUCACUUAGUAACUAUUAAUUGUGUGUGUGGCUCAAAACAAAGAGGAAUUAUUUCCCAUUCUGCCAUUUGACUCGAGUUUCACGACUAUUUUGUUUAUAACUGUUUGCUACCUCCCACCUUAAUUGAUUUCUCUUACAUUCUUUGUACUCCACCCUAUUUCCUUGUAGGUGUACACCAGUCCUUGCCAUGAAUCUCUUUUAUUUAUGUUUGAAUUAGACAGGUCUCUUUCACGGUCACCAUCUCUCAACCAUUCUUCUUAUGGCCCAUUUUUCAGUCACAGUAUUGCUGCAAGUAUGUGCGUACAUUGAGAAGUUAUUUUCUUGAUUUAGAUGGCAAUGUGUUUAUACAUGAAUCAGAUAAUAAUGGAGAUAUUUUAUAUAAGGCGUUAGUGAGAAGUAGUUCUACUUUUCCUUUUCUACAAUGUGGUCAUGGUAGCAAACACUAUUGGUUGCUUUCAACCAUUGUAACCAACUACUGUUUACAUGUGGAUACUUGGGGAUAACAAUUAUUAUGGCACUUUAACAGUACACUUUAAUAUUUACCACCUUGAUUUACUGUCUUUACAAUUUUUAAGUUGUUUGUACUUAUUCAAUGAAAAAGCAAAAAAUACACAUACAUUUGUAAUUCAAAGAAAUAGAAUUUUGUGUCUAACCGUUUAACAGUUCUCCCUUAGUAUUUUAGAAAGAUUUUAAGCCCAUUUUAGGAAUGUGUUGUCAUUAGUUAAGUCCUCUUAAAUAGAUUAUUUUUGUUUUCCUAUAGAAAGUGCAGAGGCCUGAGGUGAACACAAGGGUCAUAGGCAUCCAUUAAGAUAUAUAACCAUAUAGAUAUUUUAAAACUCUGUCACAUUGUUUCCUUAAUCCCUUAGACCUAUUUCUCCCCAUGAAAACUACCAUAAGCUAUCUUUUGUUAUGGUCUAUAGAAUUUUCAAAGGACAGAUUUUUUUUUUUUAAGAUAAAAAUCUUAUGAUUGUCCGUGAGCUCACAUGGUUUCUUUUGUUCAAUUUUUUCAAAAGAUUUCUCUUUCAAUGCUGUUGUCCCAGCAUGAUAGUUGACAUGGCAUGUAAUUACAGACAGAAGUGUGACUGUAAAUAUAUUCGUGUUUCUGUUAGUGUUGGCAUAAGCUUACCUUUUUGUUUAAACAAUGGGACAUGCUUUAAUUUUAUCUCGUUUGCCUUUUGUUCAUCUUCAGUCCUUGAUUUAUUAACAUUUUGCCAAUUGAAAACACAAUAAAAAAUGCCUUGCAAGAA